UUAUUACUUUUUACUCUGCAGGUUCAAAAGGUAACAGGCCACUGGACACAUUUCAGAUAACGUUCCCCUUAAGAACAAAUUACAUGUAUGCCAAAGUGAAAAAAAGUCUACCAGAAAUGUAUGCCUUCUCUUUCUGCUUGUGGAUAAAAUCCAACGCAUCACCCGGGGUAGGAACACCCUUCUCCUAUGCUGUUCCUGGACAAGCCAAUGAGCUUGUUCUCAUAGAAUGGGGGAACAAUCCAAUGGAGAUUCUCAUAAAUGAUAAGGUUGCAAAAUUACCUUUCAUUAUCAACGAUGGUAAAUGGCAUCACAUCUGCAUAACAUGGACUACUCGUGAUGGAGUAUGGGAAGCAUUUCAGGAUGGUGUUCUGCGUGGAACUGGAGAAAAUCUGGCACCCUACCAUCCAAUCAAACCCAAUGGUGUGCUGGUCUUAGGUCAGGAGCAGGACACACUUGGUGGAGGUUUCGAUGCAACCCAAGCCUUUGUAGGUGAACUGGCGAACUUCAGUAUAUGGGAUAGAAAAUUGACAGGUGGUGAAAUUUACAACCUGGCAACCUGCAACAACAGAACACAAGCUGGCAAUGUGUUAUCAUGGUUGGAGUGUAAUAUCGAUGUGUUCGGUGGAGCCACUAAAUGGACUUUUGAGCCCUGCCGUCAACUCAACUGAACUGCAGAGGGGCCAGAUCGUCUCGGUUACGUAUGUAACCCUC